CCAUAUUUUAUUUGUUUUUCCACGACUCCCCCGACUCGUCUACCGAAAUCGAUUCCAAGCUCCCUGAUUCAGCACCAAUGGCGACUAGAUCUGCGCUCACUCGGCUAGGUUUGACCCGCUCCGUAGAGGCGAGUCAGAUAGGCCUGACUCGUUCCCUGGAUUCGGCUCGAGCAGCGACUCGAUGCUUCAGUGACGACAAAGGUCGUGUUCUUAGCGAGGAGGAACGCGCUAAAGAGAACAUUUAUAUCCAGAAAAUGGAGAGAGAGAGGCUGGAGAAGCUGAAGAAGAAAAUUGACACCGGGAAGCCUGAAAACGAGAAAGGAACUGCUGACAAGAAGCCCGAGGAAACCAAGCCCUGAGUUUGUUUGUCGUCUGCAGCGUUCGGUCAUAGACACGCAAUGUUUGAGAAAUAAAACGCCUUUGACCUGUGUGUUCGUACAGAUGCGUUUCACUCGUUCUGUCCUUUGUUUGAUCCGAACUGCAUGUGCUCGUCAAUGUCGGAUGAAUCCAAAAGAGGAAGAAAACCCACCUUGCAUUC